AAUACGAGAGGAUCGAAGUAUUAUGAAUGAAACCCACGCAUCUAUAGCUAACACACGCAAGCUUGAAGAGAAUGAAAUAUCGAUUUGAUAAACAACAACCCCGAAUGGCCAGAAUUUCGCGGUUGAAAAAUAGGAAUUUCUGAUUGGCUACAGAGUUCAGUGGCUACAGGGUCAUCCACCUGAUUUUGACACUCGACAUACAAACGAGACAAUGGCAUAAUAAUGAUGUAGAGUAACGUUUCGUAAAAUCAUAAUAUAACGCUGCUUUCACCGGAUAUACAGAUAAGUGAGUAUUUAUUUUACUAUGCAACUAUUGAACGGACAAUUAGCAAAAUUGGAAAUGCAAAUACUUUGAGGUUGUGAAACUCCUUUAGAAUCGGGUGAAAUUUCACCUACAUAACAGAAAUGGACAAUACAGCAACAGCCGAGUGCCUCACCCUGGAUUUCGGACCUUUCGAAACGGUACACCGCUGGCAACAAAUGCCAGAAUGUGAUGAAUUCGUUGGAGCCAGACGAAGUAAGCACACGGUAGUAGCAUAUAAAGAUGCUAUUUAUGUAUUUGGAGGAGAUAAUGGAAAAACAAUGUUGAAUGACUUGCUACGGUUUGACGUCAAAGAAAAAUCCUGGGGCAGAGCAUUCUCUACCGGGACUCCGCCAGCAUCAAGAUAUCACCACUCAGCUGUAGUUUACGACGUUUCUAUGUUCGUUUUUGGUGGAUACACCGGAGACAUUCAUUCAAAUUCUAAUUUAACCAACAAGAAUGAUUUAUUUGAGUAUAAAUUCAAGACUGGGCAAUGGAUUGAGUGGCGGUUUAUUGGAAAAACACCUGUACCGAGAUCGGCCCAUGGUGCGGCAGUAUAUGAUAAUAAGCUUUGGAUAUUUGCUGGGUACGACGGAAAUGCAAGAUUAAACGAUAUGUGGACCAUAUCGCUGCUUCCAGGCGAUAUGAGAGUUUGGGAAGAAGUUGCACAAUCUGGAGAUUGUCCACCAACGUGUUGCAAUUUUCCUGUAGCUGUUGCCCGUGAAUCUAUGUUCGUUUUCAGUGGCCAGAGUGGAGCUAAAAUCACAAACAGCUUGUUUCAGUUCCAUUUCAAAGACAAACGGUGGACUCGAAUAUCCACGGAGCAUAUACUGAGAGGUGCUCCGCCUCCUCCAGCUCGCCGUUAUGGUCACACAAUGGUCAGUUUUGACAGACAUCUUUAUGUCUUUGGUGGGACGGCAGAUUCGACUCUACCCAAUGAUUUGCAUUGUUACGACCUGGACACACAAACAUGGAGCGUAAUUCUAUCAUCAGCUGACAGCCAAGUGCCAUCUGGUCGAUUAUUUCAUGCUGCAGCGGUAAUUGGGGAAGCUAUGUUUAUUUUUGGAGGCACUGUAGACAACAAUGUGAGAUCUGGUGAGAUGUACAGGUUUCAAUUUUCUUCUUAUCCUAAAUGCACUCUGCACGAUGAUUUUGGAAGAUUGCUCAGCAGCCAACAGUUCUGUGACGUUCGGUUUAUUGUUGGAGAAAGCGAAGAGAAGAUACCAGCACAUAUCGCUAUGGUAGCUGCACGAUCUCAGUGGUUAAGAGCUAGAAUCAAACAAGCCCAGGAUCAGAGAGAGAAGCAUCUUGAAAAAAUUUUAGGCACUACUGAUCUACCACUCAAAGAUUUACCAUUGCUGGAAGUAAAAUUGAAGGAUGCUGUGCCGGAAGCCUUUGAAAUGGUGCUGAACUACAUAUACACUGAUCGAAUAGACCCUACGAAAAAAAUUGAAGAUCCCUUGAGCAACAGAAUCGUACUUUUAAUGAUGGACGUUUAUAGACUGGCUGUUCAAUUUCACAUGAAAAGAUUGGAACAACUUUGCGUUCAAUAUCUUGAAGCUACUAUCAGUCAUGCUAAUGUUCUUGAAGCACUUCAUAAUGCAGCACUUUUGAAGUUGUAUUUUAUUAAAGAAUUCUGUUUGAGUUUUGUUGUCAAGGACAGUAACUACAAUCAAAUAGUGAUGAGCCAGGAAUUUGAAACAUUGGAUCAACCCUUAAUGGUAGAGAUCAUAAGAAGAAGGCAAAUGCCGCAAGCCAGAAAUUUUCUAAAGUCAUACGAAUCAACAGAAUUCGCACACAUCCAUGUGUUGGGAACAACUCUGGAGCAGGAUAUGGAGGUCUUUUUAAAAAGUAUGAGUACCGAAUUUUGUGAUAUUAUGCUGAUGUUGCAUGGGACACCCAUACAAGCGCACAAGGCUAUCCUUGCUGCUAGGUGCAGUUAUUUCGAAGGGAUGUUCCGGUCUUUUAUGCCUGAAGACAACAUAGUCAACAUUCAAAUCGGAGAGAUGAUUCCGUCAAAAGAAUCAUUCGAUUCCCUGCUCAGGUAUAUUUAUUACGGAGAUGUCUCAAUGCCUCCUGAGGAUUCUCUAUACCUAUUCACUGCACCAGUAUUUUACGGCUUUACAAAUAAUCGCCUACAAGCUUUUUGCAAGCAAAAUCUUGAAAUGAAUGUUACGUUUGAAAACGUUAUACAAAUUCUUGAGGCUGCGGAUAGAAUGCAGGCCAUUGACAUGAAAAAAUAUGCUCUCAAUCUGAUCGUCCAUCAUUUUAGCAAGGUGGCACGUUUGCCAAAAUUGAAGCAGUUGAGUCGUGAACUUUUGCUGGAUAUCAUUGAGGCAUUGGCGGAUGAAAAGAGUGAGGGUCGAAUGUGUCAGGACAUGUCCAGUGCUAGUCUUUCCAGUGACUGCUGACAGACUUCCAGUCAGGUGUGGAGAGCUCCCAUGCCCUCCAGUUUUCAGGAGUUAUUUCGAGUGAAUUUCAUUCUGAUAACACGCAUGAUACUGUUCAUCGGGAACUACUAUUUUGAUUUAAAGAUGUGCCCGCAAUAUAGACAAGGCUAUAGGCGAUGUAACCAUAAGAAGAAGCGACAUUAUCGAUUUAAAAUUCACUGACAGUUGGCGUGACUUUUAUUACGACUGCUAGCGUGUCUCAAGAAAAAAGAUGACACCAGCAGCUUCAACUAUUGAAUUUUUUCACAUGGAUAGAGUAUUACAUGAUAAGUUAUUGAAACCUCGUCACCAAUUUCGUCAUACUCAAUUUAUAGUAUAGUAAUAGCAGACAGCUAAUUGUUAGUAAUAUACUUAUUGCCAUUGACAAUGAGCAGUAAAAGUAUUUCUCAACGUUCUCGUCUUGGCUUCAUCAAAUUAAUAAUCUGCUCAAAUAAGAUGAUAAGCAUAAGUGUGAUAUUGAUCAGCUUGCAGCAUUCUCAGAAUGAGUUAAUUUACAAAAAGUUGAAAAUUAAACUACCACAGUGUAUUACGUUAUUAUUUAUUGCAGUCAGUAGUUAUUUCGAAUAGUUUUUUAUUUUUUCCAAAUAAACCUAGUCACACUUAGCACGGUGAAAAGAUUAGAAUUAAUCAUGAAAUGACACAAAUCGUACUAUACUUAGGUGCAUUUAUAAUAUAGAAAAAAAUAAAGCAAGUACAAGUAUGAAGUGAUAGGUAUUAUGCUAGGUUACAAUCUUUUGGGAAAGAAAGAGCUGAAUACGAUGUGCUGGUAAAAACAGACAUUAGUUUCACAAAUCUUCAGAUAUCGAGCACGCGAAUUAGCACGAGUUAUUGAAACAUCUGCAUGAGAAUUCAACAUUCCACAAUCGUAAUUAUAGAAUCUUUCGUUUAUUAAUUGUGAAUUUAGGAAGGUUUCGGCACCUAUCACUAUCCAAAGUAACUAACGUUUCAUGUCAUCCUAAUUUCUAAAUGUCACAGUGUUCCUCUCUCAAGUUACGCAAUAUCGUAGUUAUUAAUCAGGUUGGAAAUUACCUAUUUUAGGAAAUAAUUUAAACAGAUUUAACCCCUUAAUGUUUCCUCUUUACUAUUCAGAAAUUCUAAUGUAUUGUUACAUCAAUCAAGACAUAUUGAGCGAAAAAGUAUUGUCUCCGUAUAAAUGAUACCGUAAACCAAUUUUUUUAAGCAUCACUGAACUCAGGUUUGUGUAAUUAAAUUUAUUUAUACAUAAUCUUUAAUCAAUUAAUUUAUCAGUGAUUGUUAUCUAUUUAAGAGCGGCCUUAGUAAUGUAUGAUUAUACUCAAAUUACAAUGUGGAAAGUUUAACUUAUUCAAUGUUGACAAUUAGAAUCGAAUAGGUUUGAUGUAUUUGGGAUGUCAAGCAAUUUGUGUUAUUCCAUUUGGUAAUAAAUUUGAUUGUUCAUCAACGCAAUACGAAAAAAAGUUUCACUGAUAAUGCUCAAUGGUUUUUUUGUAACCAGCACAAUCUACUGGUAUCAAUUUUUGUAUCGAGUCAUUAGUUUUACUGUACAACUGCUGUUGUUUGUGCGAAAUUUAUGUAUGACUGUCGAUAGAAAAGCACAAAACGCAAAGAAUCUCUGCAUGUGCCAAUUAUGUUAGAACCAAUCAAAUUUUAAAAAAAGUGCAAUAUUUGAAUGAAAAAAAGCGUUAUGUGUAACGAUAUUUAAUUUAAGAUAGCUUGAUUUUGAAUAAUAAUAUGCAAGCGUUCACAUUUCAUAUGCAAAUACUUGAAAAAUAUAAUAAUCUUGUUAUAUGUAUAUACUCUGUGGCACUACCACAAAACUUGUUCGAUAUCAUAGAUUCUCAAAAAUAAUAAAGAAAACAUCAUAAA